GAACUGUGACGUCCUGGUCCAUAGGUCACUGCUCAACCUAAAGCCACUCCAACGGGGAACGUGCCUCCCGUACACCACCAAGUUUGGGGACUAGUGUCCGAACUAUUGCCAUCAGUGCACUAUUGGCUAAUAGUGGCCAUGGGCACCUUUGCUGCUAACACCGCCCCCUCCUCUCCUUCCGUAGUGGCUCAGCAGGAGAAGACCCUGCCGCCCAGGCCCAGCCUCCUGGAGGCAGGCGGCAAUAGCUGUGAGGAGCCCAAGCUGCAGAUGACUUGGGAGCAGGAGUUCCUGGUGGGGAACAGCCCGGAAGGCAGCGGGCGGGCGCUGUGCAUGGUGUGUGGGGCCGAGAUCCGGUUCCCCUCGGCGGACACGGCGCGCGCGCACAUCCUGGAGCAGCACCCGCACACCCUGGACCUGAGCCCUUCGGAGAAGAGCAACAUCCUGGAGGCCUGGAGCGAGGGGGUGGCCCUGUUGCAAGAUGUCAGAACUGAGCAGCCAUCCCCACCCAGCUCAGACUCGGCCCAGGACGUCAGUGCAGACCCUGACUCCGCCCCGGACCCUGCCAGAAUGCCAGCAGAGAUUGUCGUUCUUCUGGACUCUGAGGACAACACAGUCCUCCCGAGAAGGACCCGGCCCAGGGGACUCCGCCCCCUGGAGCUUCCAGUUGCCCCUGCCAUAGAGCCAGUAAAUAAGAAGCCCCGUAGUCAGAGAUGGAAGGAGACCCCUGAGGAAGAGCCGGUCAGAAAGAAGAAAGGCAGAUCCAUGACCAAAAACCUGGACCCGGACCCGGACUCUGACUCAGACCCCUCGUCGCCUGACUCGCCCAUGGAGGCCUUCACAGCGCCCCCCGAGGUCCGACACUUCACGGAUGGCAGCUUCCCUCCCGGCUUCGUCCUGCAGCUCUUUUCCCACCCCCACCUAAGGGCCGUGGAUGGCAAGGGCGCACCCAGGGAGGGGCACGCGGCCGAAGGAGGCCUCCCCCCGCUGGAGAGCCCCUCUCCAGGUCCCCCUUCGGGCCUUCGCGGGACGCUGGAUCUCCAGGUGAUCCGGGUGAUGGAGGCGUCCCCGGCAGUCAGCCUCCUGCAAGAUUGGUCCAAGCAUCCCCAGGGCACCAAGGGUGUGGGAGCAGGUGACACCCCAGACCGCCGCGGUUUUGUUGGAAUCAGCACCACUGGGCGCGGCGAGAGGCAGGGAGUGGUGUAUAGGUUCCUGCUUUCCCGGGGACAGGACGGGGUGGAGGCCGUGUCCCCUUUCGGCUUCUCGGCUUCCGCUCCGCACCUGAUGAAGAGUGCCAAGGCAGGACGGAGGCGGGGAGGGGCGGCAUCCACUGUUGGUCGAGGGGGGCCGUGGCUGAGGCUGGUAGUGGUAGGGCACUGGGCCUGUGGAGAACCCCACCCGAUCCUUUCGCUGACCCAGACCUCUGUCCCCGCCGCCGCCCACCCUCUCGCCGCUCACCGUUCUCCCUUGGCGCAGUGCCUUACACCAGGAGGAGGGGGCCACCGCGGGGUUUGAGCUGAGUCCCACUACCUCGGAGGACGCCCCUCCUCCCCCUGUUCAGGCCCCUGAGCCAGGAGGCCUCCAUUACCUCUUCCCGCUCCGCCCCUGCAGGAGGCCCAGCACCCCCCCUGGGGCUUCAUUCACUCCCACGCCUUUUCUCCUGUUUUCCGGUUGUAUAUACAUCUCCUUGUUGACAAUAAAUUAUUUUUUUUUAUUAAGAGAGUUCCGUCUGGGCCAUCAUUGGGGGGAGGGGCUAGCUAGGAGGAUAGCUGGCUUCCUGGGGUGACCUUGAGGGGCAGGAGCGCUGAAAGGUUGUCCUGGCAGGAGGUGGAAGGCCCCACCCCAGAGGUAGGGACAGGACCAGGGCAGGGCUUUGUUGGUCCAGAGGCCUGGGGCUGCCUUGGCGUCAGUCAGAGAAGCCCCUCUCUUCCCCUCCCCUGCCCUGAAAUGUGCUUGCUGACCCCCAGGCCACUGUCCAGGCACGGCCCAGGGGUCCUCACCCUAGGAGGUGAGGCUUAACCCGACCUUUUUAAAGGGAAGUGGUGGUGGCCAGCCCCAAGCCAGCCUGCAGCGGGAGAGAGGAGUCCCCUCCCCGGCCCACGAUGGGAAGGUGGGCACGCGGGUCCUAAACGCAGCCCUGCCUCCAGCAUUUCAGCUCUGUGCUCAGCUGAACACUUAAGUUUAAUUGAACCCAAGCCUUUGUCCUGUUUCCCGUUCCCCAGACCAGGAGGUGGCCCACCUUGGGUCUUCACCAGAUUCCUUCCCCUCCGAAACUACCAUCACAGGCCAGUGACGGUGAGGACUGGUUUUUCCCGUUGGUAUGGCGCUCUGAAGAAGGGCCCGGGAGCUUCCCCCAGACCCCACAGCACUGCCCCGUUUGGAGUCCAGGGGCAGGUGGGAUAAGGAGGGGAGUCCCCAUCUGCUCCUGAUAAAUGCUGAGUGUUCAGGGAGAGGGCGCAGCUAGGGCCCAGGGCAGCGGCUCCCGUAUGGCACUGACUCAGCCAGGUUUGAGACCAUCCAGAAAGCCAAUUCCUAAAUCAGGGAGGAUCUGGUUUAGAAGGAUCUGGGCCUGAGGUCGCUGUUACCUGAGCUGGUGUCACUCUUGAUCCAGACCAGAUGUGAGGAAUCUCACUGUGAUGGACUCACGGGACGUGGUCCUUUCUCCCCACCUGGCUCACUUGGAGCCCAAGGAUGUAUGGGGCCCUGGUCCAGGGGAGGUUAGAAGACUAGUGUGCGUGGUGGAGAGACGUCAGCGGGCAGAGAUUCCGGACCCACUGUGUGGUGUCAGGCGGGCCAUGAGGUUUCCGUGUCUGCCACCAUGUGUGCAGGUUGGCAGAACUCGUAUCCUCCCUAGCAGGAAGGGAUGAAUGAUGCUGAAAACGGGGCUCUGAAACAGGAAUGUGAGUUACUGCCGGUGAUCCCUCUUCAUCCUUUCAAUCAUGGACUGUUUACAUUUAUGCCGACGUGCUUUUCAACAGCGUGGCUGUGUUGCUGGACGUUCACAAUUGAGAAAACGUAUAUACAUGCUCGUUGUAAAAUCAUGAAGCUCAAUGCACCUUCACCGCUAUUAACAUGAUUCAUGGUUGGACCCAUUAGACUGUGAGCUCCUUUCGGGCAGGGACUAGUUUGCAGUGACUUCGUUUUCCUAGAGCCCUGCAUAGGGCCUGGCGCAUAGUAGGUGCUCAAUAAAUGUUUGUCAAGUGCCCUCUUG